UUCGUCCGGCGGAAGUUGGGCUCUUGGCCUUGUUGUUACAAAAGAAAUGGCGAGCGGGAUAGGCAAACAUAAGAUUCUGAAUGUGGGGCCAACAGAGCCAUGGUCAGUCAGGGAGAAACUGUGCCUGGCCUCCUCUGUUAUGAGGAGUGGCGACCAAAAUUGGGUAUCCGUAAGCAGAGCCAUCAAGCCUUUUUCUGAGCCUGGUCGACCACCUGACUGGUUCUCACAGAAGCACUGUGCCUCACAAUACUCAGAGCUGCUGGAAGCCACAGAAGCUCCUAAACGCAAGCGUGGUGAGAAAGGCGAGGUGGUUGAGACCAUUGAGGAUGUAAUUGUUCGUCGGCUGACUACUGAGAGGAUCGAGGAGCUGAAAAAACUGCUACGAGACACGCAAGAACAGUACAGGAAGUUGAAAAAGGAGGUGGAUCUGAUCCAGACGGGUCACAUGGACCCCCAGCUAAAAGAACUGUGGGGUGAAAUUACACUAAAGAAGAAGCAGGAUGAGGAGGAAGCAGAGCAGAGGAGGAAAACAACAGAAAUGGCAUAUCAAGCUCGUCAAGCAAUUAAGAACACACCCAAGCGUCUUCCCAGUGUCACUGUUCGUUCCCCUUUGGGUGCCAGUCCUACUAGCCUGGACUCUCAGACGGACUCCUCAGCCCCAACAUUACCCACGGACUCUGUAGGCGUCGUCUCAGAUGACACCAGCACCCACUCUGUCCAAGGGUUUUUUCUUCCAGUGGCAGAGGCUACCGGCACUGGCCUUAAAGAAGGAGGCCAUGUUGCUCUUGUAGAGGACUCUUCACAGAAAAGGCUCGUUCCUCAGAAAGCUACACCACCACCGUCUCCUCUCCUGUCGGAACUGCUGAAAAAAGGCAACCACAUCUCGGCCAGCCCCCGCCUUGUUGCAGAUGGAGACUCGUCUGGAAGCCUUAGCAAUGGAAUCCAGACUGCUGCUGUUGUCACCACCCCGUUACCUGGCCACGAUGUCAUAACGGAGGGGGAAGUCGAAGCUGCAGUGGAGGCAGAUCUUGACGAGGAGACGGGAUUAGUAGAAGAGGACCUUGUCGCUGUUUCUUACAUGGGAGACGAACUUGAUUUGGAGACUGUUGGUGACAUCAUUGCCAUCAUUGAGGAGAAGGUGGAUGACUCAGUGGAGGCUUUGGAUGCAGCAGCAGUGGAAGCAGCGCUCUCUCUGUGUGAAGAGGCCGUCUCAGAAGGACACACACUUCCAGGCCCCUGGGAGACUCAGGAACUAAAGGAAUCAAACCCGACAAUGUCUGUCCAGGACUCAGAGCACGGACGGGAGCCUUGUGAUGUGGCAGCGCCGUCUGUCCCAACCGCUGCCGACCUGGAUGCGCAGAAUGAACCAGAAACUAAAAGUACAGAGGGACAGGACAAAGGAAACUGUGAAACGGCUGCGACUGAAAGUGAUGUCACUUUGUGUGCCACGUCGGAUGAUGUCGCUGCUGAAGAUGAUGUUACAGAAGAGGGAAUCGAAGCGAAGGCUGACACCAAUCCAGUCGUGAAGUGUGAAGUACAAGAGUGGAGCCAGCCUGAGGCGAACCCGCCAUGCCUAGAUUCUGAAGACAGUUCUGUUUCUGGCAAAGAGUCCAAGGAGGUGAAAGAGGAGGAAGCAGGGAGUGAGUGUGACCCUGAAGAAGGGAUGGAGCUGAAGGAGGAGUGCGGCGAGGGAGAGGGCCCCUAUCUGUCCGAAGUUGAGCGGGCAGCCAGUGAGAGUGAAGAUGGCUAUGGGCCGCCCUCGCAACGCUACACUGCUGAUUCAUUGGCAAGCAGCCCUGCCUCUUCUUCCCAGCUAUCUACAUGUGGUGAGGACCAAGAGGCUGUGCAGGCCCAGAAAAUUUGGAAGAAAGCCAUAAUGCUGGUGUGGAGAGCUGCGGCUAACCACAGGUAUGCCAGCGUCUUCUUGCAGCCUGUAUCAGAUGACAUCGCCCCUGGUUACCACAGCAUUGUACACAGACCAAUGGACCUAUCUGCGAUCAAGAAGAACAUUGAAUCCGGUGUGAUCCGCACGACAGCAGAAUUCCAGCGCGACAUCAUGUUGAUGUUUCAGAAUGCCGUCAUGUACAACUCAUCCGACCACGACGUCUAUCACAUGGCUUUGGAGAUGCAGCGUGACGUCCUGGAGCAUGUCCAGCAGUUCCUGGCCACGCAGCUCAUUAUGCAGACCUCCGAGAGUGCCAUCUCCGCCAAGAGCCUCCGUGGCAGGGAGGGAAAUCGCAAACCAGGCGAGCCGGCUGAGAAGGACGGCGGCACCAGGGGUCGCCGUAGCGCGAUGGAGGCUGACCUGAAAAUGAAGAAAUAGACUUGAGCGAGACCUUUGGAGGCAAAGAAGGAAGGAAGGAAAAUGAAAAUGUGGGCUAGUUGUUCGGUAGAGAGCUGUUCAGUCCGUGGGCCUAGCGUGUUAGCAUAUGUGCUAGUGCAUUUGUUAUUUUCUAUAGACGAGCAUACGGUACGCGCGGAUAUCUCGAUGUGCUUUGAUAGAACCGCAUCUAUUUUUUCGUAUGCGGUUAGCACCUAGGACCAUAUUGAAACAUCUCAUUUGACGGUGCAUUCAUAGACGAAAUGAAGAUUGUGAAACGCGGCGGGGAGAUAAACUUGCUGUGAAAUGUGAAGACGUCUCCCAUAUCGAGUCGGUUCGCUUAGUUUUUUUUCCGGUCAAGGGUGCGUGGCGUGAUCAGAGACAGCUUGUGUAAUGUGUUCUAGGUGAAAGUAAGAAAACACGUUUUGUACCCAUGUGAUGGACCAUUUAGAGUUUGUGUUUGGGUAGCUGAUACAUGUAUCAUAAGUUUUGUUGUACAUUUGUUAAAUAAAAGAUUUGUUUUAAACUA